AUGACAUCGUUUCGGAGUGGUACUCGAAUGGGAGAGGAGAAGAUUAAUGAAGAAAAAGAAAUUGGGAGGUUUAACCUUAGUGUGCGAAAUACCUGGUUCUUGCCAAUCAGGUAUUUGGUAUGGAAACAUAUAAACCGUGGUAAGGGGUGUUUGGUCAGAAAUUAG